AUGUACUGGAAACCACUGCUGUCUCAACCGGAAACAAAAUCCUUGUUGUUUCUUAUUUUAAGUGUAUUGGUCUUCUCAUUAGGUAGCCUUAUCCUUCAUUCAUUUUCUCCAUCGAUAUUCUUCGUCUACACGUUAAUAUGUGGAUACAUCACUCGAAAACUCGCCGAUGGUCGGCCAUUCAUUAUUUCCACUUAUAGUAUAUCGAGUAAAGUUAUCAUCGUCACUGGAGCAACAUCUGGUAUUGGUCGUGUGGCGGCAGUUGAAUUAGCCAGAAUAGGGGCCAAAGUUAUCGUAGGAAUUCGAGGUCAGGAAAGAGCUGAAAAGAUUGCUAAACUGAUCGCACGUGAGGCCAAAGUUAGUCAAGAACGUAUUAUCGGUUAUCACCUUGACUUAUCUGAUCUAAGUGUUGUUAAAACCUUUGCCGAGCAUAUUUUACAAACGGAACAUGAGCUUAGUAUUCUACUGAACAAUGCCGCAACAAUACAAUACUCACAUUCUUUAACCGCACAAGGAUUUGAAAUUCACUUUGGUACGAAUCAUCUUGGUCAGUUUUAUCUUACUCAACUUUUGCUACCGUUAUUGAUCAAGUCAAAAGCGCGAGUUGUUAAUCUAAGCAGUAUGGCUCACUGUUCCAUCGAUGACAAAGGCAUCGAUUAUGCGUUCCCAUCUUCCCCGUUUCACAGUUUUCACCUGUAUAGUCAAUCAAAAUUAGCCAACAUAUGGCACACCGUCGAACUGAAUCGUCGUUACGGUGAUCGAGGAUUAACCGUCGUUUCUCUUCAUCCCGGUACAAUUAUGACGGAGCUAUCACGUGAAUUACCCAAAAUAUUUGCAUAUCCUGUUAAAUUGUUAUUCUAUCUCGUAGCUAAAACAGAGUAUCAAGGCGCUUUGACAAGUUUAUACUGUUGUUUAUCAGACCACAUUGUUUCUGGACAGUUUUAUGCCGACGUGCAUCCAGCACUUUCGAGUCCUUUAGCUAAUGAUAAACAAUUAGCCAAAGAAUGUUGGGAAUUUAGUGAAAAAGCGAUUAAAGGCAAAAAUAUGUAA